CACUUUUGUUGAGUCGAGCGAGUUUUCAUCUGAAUAGUAGUUUUCAAUGUGUUUUAUUAUUACACAAAAGAAAAAUAAAAUUUCUAACAUAAACUAGUGGUUAAAAGCGUUUGCUGUGUCUAUAACGCAUUUGUAAAUAAGUUAUUUGUUAGACUUUUACGGAAAGAGCUGAAAUCGAAAAUAUAAAAGGCAUUCUAUAAAAGCAUCAAACAUACAGGCUAAAGCAAAAAAUACAAAUGUCCGAGAACAAAGACGAUAUAUUAGCGACUUUUCAGAGUAUCACUGGAAUAGAUGAUAUCGGUGAAGCUUUUUCGCAUUUGGAGGAGACCAACUGGGAUUUAAUGACUGCUAUUCAGCGCGUCAUACCACAGGAUGAUGCGCCAACACAUGAUAGAAAUUCAUCAUCAGUUUUUACAGAAAACUCAUCUGGUUUCUCAACCACAACGGCCCUUAAUGAUUUAUCUACAAAUGCGGGGUCAUCCAACUGUCGCCAAUGGAACUCGAUUAAUGGACCUAAUGUGGGUUUAACAGCAUCAACUUCCGCAGAUGCUGAAAUAAUUGAUCUCACGUCCGACAUGGACUUGGACCCGGCAAGGCACAACGAUGUUAAGACUUUGAUACUAAACAUACACUACAAUGAAGGUGUUUACACCAUACGUCUGCCAUCAAUUGCUACAAUUGAACAACUAAAAUUAAGAAUAGCAGAAGAGACAAGUGUGCCAGUUUGCCGACAAGCAAUUCGUGGUUGGCCGCCAGCGAAACUGCAAGAGGCACGAAAAAUAACCACGCAGUUGGGCAAUUUAGAUCUAGGACCCGAAAACGACUUGAUCUUACACAACCUAACCGAAGAAGGUUACAUCGACACAGAAAACGAGGAGAUAGCACAGCGAUUACGUGACACAUUCAAAUUGACUAUUGUAGAGCAACCCAGCGGGAAAACCAUAACAUUACCAUUUUUAGGUAGUAACACUAUUUUGGAGGUUAAAACAAAAGUUUAUUAUGUCAGCAAUAUAAAUGUGCGAAAUCAGGAAUGGGAAGGCUGGCCUUCUAACUGUGAUGACAAUUUAACUUUGGCCCAAUCUGGCAUUGGUUUGUCACAUAAUUUUACACUGCGCAACAAGUGUGAGAAGAAUAUGGACAUCGCUGGAGUUUCUAAUAAUUUAAAUAUUAGCAAUAAUACCAUCGAGACUGACGACGAUAACAGUUUAGACGAUGAAGACGGUUAUGAUCCCUUACCAGAUGAGGAGCCUGCACCACCACGCAGCCGGCACUUAAUUCCAAAUAACAUUGGCAAUGAAUGCACAGGUUCUAUAGAGUUCUUCGACAACUACCGUGAACGUUUCGGUGAGCCGCAUCCCGUAUUCUAUGUCGGCAGUUUAGAAGAUGCUAUACGCGAAGCUUGUCACAAGCCAGCGCGUGAGCGAAAAUUGCUUGCAAUUUAUUUACAUCAUGGUGAUAGCAUUCUCACAAACGUAUUCUGUGAUCAAGUAAUGAAAAAUGAGCGGAUCAUUGAAGCAUUUGCGCAGAAUUUCAUACUCUAUGGAUGGGACUUAACAUUCGAAAGCAACAGAAAUAUGUUUCUAUCUUCGGUCACUGCCUGUGUGAGCAAUACAGCAUCCAUAACAAUUAGUACAAAACCAGUUGAUAAGCUACCGUCGAUACUAAUUAUAGGUAAAAGUCGGCUUUCCGGCAGAUCUUCAUGCGAGGUGCUCUCCGUUGUGGAUGGCAAUUCAGAUUUAAAUAGCUUCUUGUCACGCCUUAUGGAUGCAGUGGAAAUGUACAAAUUACAGUUAAAAGACGAGAUACGCGAAGAAGAUGAGCGUGCCGAACGUGAUCAAGUCAAGGCUGAGCAGGAUUUGGCCUAUCGUGAAACGUUAGAGGCCGACAUGGCCAAAGAAGCCGCCAAGCGUCAGAAAGAAGCUGCAAUUGCCGCCGAACGCAAGCGAAUAGAAUCGGAACAAGCAGAAGAGGAGGCGAAACGAGAAUCGAUACGUUUGGUGGCUCAACAAUCACUACCGCAAGAACCCUCAGACUCUGAUACUAAUGUGUCCACGAUACGCAUACAGAAACCAAGCGGAGAAUUUUUAGAACGAAGAUUCUAUAAACACAACACGCUGCAGGACAUCUUAAACUUUGUCGCUGCCAAUAAUUAUCUAAUCGAAGAAAACAAAUUAAUCCUAAUAUCUAGUUGGCCACGUAGCGACUUAACAGCCAUCGACCCAAAUAAGACGCUUGAAGAGCUGAAAUUGUAUCCCCAAGCGAAAGCCGUGCUCGAGGAGCGAUGAUUUUUAUUUGUAGCAGCAACAAACCAAUUUAUACAUCAUAUAAUGUAAUAAUAGAUUUGUAAUAAAAAAAUUGCGGGUCCAAUAGCAACGGACCGGCAAUACAAAAAUA